UGUUUCUUGAGCUGUUAUAACUAUAGCACAAAUGGAGGGUCUUAUACCGUUUGUUUACAGAGCCUUCAUGCAAAUCCGUUAUGGCGACGACUCGUCGCUUUCUUCUUCUUACUACGUUCGUUUACCGGGUGAUUCAAGCCGGUUCGAGAGAUCCGAUUUCGAAGUGUCGGGUCUUGGAUCGUCUUCCAAUAUGGCAUCGUCAAAGACCACAACCACGACCACUACGUUUGCUGUUUCCACUGGAGUCCAGUCACCCGGUCAUCGUCGGGUCGUGACAUGAUGCGAACGCGCUUCCAAGGGAACCUGAAGAUGCGCGUGACGGAAAGGGUUCGUGACUUUGUAAUUACUACAUGAUUAGGCUUAGUGUCUGAUAUUUUUAUGAGUGCUUGGAAUGAUCGAAUAAACCUGAUGUAAUAAUCGGGGUGGGGAGAUUGAUUCUCUAAGCGUGGGAUUUUAACCAAAGGGUGGUCUCGUGACUUUCAUGUGUUUAUUUCAAGGGGGUUUAGUUGUAUAAAACUAUAUAUAUGGAUGUUUUCGUAUA